ACAAACUACGUCUUGUGUAUUGAGCAUCGAAUCCAUUACGUUUAACCUAAAAUGUAUGAAUGACACAAGAUGUGAGUGCCUAUGAAAUGGCUCGAGUAUGUAAUUAUAUGCAAUUAAAAUAUUAUAACAAUGUAGCCAGGCUACUUAGUACAAAACCAUAUUCUAACCUAACAACACCGACACAAGCUGACAUAAUAGGACCUCCCGAUCCAGUUUCGAACUUGCGGCCAAUAAUAUUCGCAAAACCUGAGAAUGAAACGAAUCUCGAGAAGAAAUACAGGGAACUUAGAGAAGCUACACAGAUUUGGAACCAAAACUUUUGGACGACACACAAUAGUAGCUUUAUAAAAGAGCGUAAACAUUUCCAAGAGAAGCUAAAGGCUCAAGGGAAGACUUCAAUUACAGCAGAUGAUAUGUCAGUAUUUUACAAACAAUUUUUAGAUAAAAAUUGGAAAAUCCAUUUGAAUUAUAAUAUUUCCUGGUACAAGAGAAAUGUUAAGCUACUAUUUCUAGAAAUCGGAGUAAGAAUAUCUAAAUUGAAAUUUAAGUAAUUUAUUCAACUUGCAUUUGACAAGAGAUCACAUUGAAGUUUUCCAACUACAUUAUCACCAUGAAAAUGUUGUAACGCAUUGUGUGUAUGUAAAGUGUACAUUUAUAUUUAUAUCCAUAGUAGAAUAUAUGUAUUAUAGUAUGUCA